UUCUCGUUGCUCUGUCCUUCGACACUACCUCUGCAGCCCCUGUCGACAUCGAUGCACCAGCUCAGAACACUCCUGCACGCCAGCACAGUGAUGGCAGUCGUCCCAGCAUGCGCCGUCUGGAUAGCGACUUUCACGUGGACUACACUGUCAGGCCGUGGCCGGGUCUGACCAUCAGCGGCGUCCAGUUUGAGUACGGGGGCUCUGGCUGCGGCAGCGACAACUCAAAGUGCGGGUGCACAACCAACGCGGAGGGCAGACUUGUGAUGACCGGCCGGGGAACGGAUGGCACGGCAACGGGCCUAGACUUCAAGUGCAACUUCAAUGUCGGCGCCACCCAGUGCCACGUCCACGUCGACAUCCCGUACGUUGGUGACAAUAGCGUGGACUGCUCGUGCAACGAUGGCAAACAUACCUUCACCGGUUGCGACAUCUCGAGCAGCGGCCACGACUGGCACGGCAACAUGGAUCUCAAUCCGCCUUAGGUAGACCUUAGAAGUGCAAUGGGACAGCAGCGGGCGGGUGCGGGGCCCGGGCGGGGGUCUCUCCACAUCCCCAGAAGCUGAGAUGUUCCAGUAGCCGCUCUGUUACACUUGUGUUUACUACGCCCCCGUUUGCCCUGUCCAUUGAGUCCCGAGAAGUUGUUUACUAGUGUGUGCGCUGCGCGCGAUGGAUAGGCUGGUCCAUUGAGAGUCUCCCGAGGAGUUGUUUACUAGUGUGUGCAGCGCACUGGUCCAUUUGAGAGUCCCGAGAAGUUGUUUACUAGUGUGUGCGCAGCGAACGAUGGGUAAGCUGGUCCAUUGAGAGUCCCGAGAAGUUGAGGAGAGCGCCAGUGCAUGGGCACACCCACCCAGCACGCGCUGGUAGACGAUGGCAUCAUCCAUCGGCGAGCACAUUGCAGUUGUAAUUAGAGUUGCCUUUUGUAAAAGUACUCAAGAAGGAAUCCGCUGCCGGACACGAGGACGAAUUGCAUUUACAUCUAAUGAUUGUCCCGCGUGACUCUCUGUGUCACAUGAGUUUCUUCCCUCCAGAGAGAGAGAUGUUGUUCUCCCUCCAUCGUGUCAGUCACGUGUGGCUGUGGGCGCGUUCUGCUCUCCUUUGUUUGACCUUGUUGCGUCAUACUAACUGCCGGCUUUCGUACUCGAGUACGACCUUUAUUUUACUCGAGACCCCGGCCGCCAACGAGGCUCCACGUCGCGGUGACCUCUCGCUGCUUUCCGAAAAUUCUUUUGCCGCAUCCCGGGACGAGCCAGUGAGCGUCCCCGGUCAUGCCCGGUGAAUUUACAACUCAAGUCCUUUGGAGAGCAUUUUUCCAAAAGCCCCAAUUAGCAAGACCAACCAAACAAACAACUGUCAACUCUCUAACACCACACAUCAUUUGGUUGGGGCCUGGAGCUCUGUUCACGCGCGCGCUGCCCACCGCCAU